AUGGCCCCAAGUUUUGAUGAUGGGAAUUUCUUAUUUGAUUUUGUGGUCCAAAAGGGUAAUGGAGUAAAGGGACUUGUAGACAAUGGCAUUAAAAUUGUACCAGAAAGAUACAUUCAACCACCAAAUGAAAGAAUUGAUAAGAAAAUUAUCAAUUCAAGAAUCCAACAAAAAUAUCAAGAAUUGGUUGCCAUUGAUUUAUCAAAAUUAAAUGGACCUGAAAAUGAUCAAGUGGUUAGAGAUAUCUCAAUUGCUGCUGAAACACUUGGUUUUUUUCAAGUGAUAAAUCAUGGUAUUAAUUUGGAAUUAUUGGAAUUACUUAAAAAUGCAGCACAUAAGUUUUUUUCUCAACCACCUGAAAAAAAGGCUCUUUAUCUUAAAGGAGUUAGUCCAAGUCCUUUAGUAAAAUAUGGGACUAGUUUUGUACCUGAAAUGGAAAUGGCUUUGGAAUGGAAAGAUUAUGUUAGUAUGAUGUAUACUAAUGAUAAUGAAGCACUUUCUCAAUGGCCAAAUGAAUGCAAGGAAGUGGCUCUUGAAUACUUGAAGUCAUCAACAAAAAUGGUGAGGAAACUAUUGGAGAUACUAUUUGGAAACCUUGGAGCAACAUUAGAUGACACAAAAUUUGAAUCAUUAACAGGACUUAAAAUGGUUAACAUGAAUUUUUACCCAACUUGUCCUAGUCCAGAGCUAACAGUUGGAGUUGGACGCCAUUCAGAUAUGGGAACUCUAACUGUUUUACUACAAGAUGGAAUUGGUGGUUUAUAUGUUAAACUUGAAGAAGCUGUAGAAGAAGGAAAAGAUGAGUGGAUAGAAAUUCCUCCUAUUCCUGGUGCUUUGGUUAUCAAUGUUGGAGAUACCAUGCAAAUCUUAAGCAAUGGUAGAUACAAAAGUGCUGAACAUAGAGUUCGUACAACAAGUUCAGAAUCAAGAGUUUCAGUUCCAUUAUUUACUACACCAAAGCCAAGUGAAAAGAUAGGUCCAUUGCCUCAGCUUGUGGAAAUUGAUGGUGUCGCUCAUUACAAAGAAGUCUUGUUUGGUGAUUACAUGCAAAACUUUUUUGGAAAAGCUCAUGAAGGAAAGAAAUCUCUUGAUUUUGCUAAGAAUAAUUCUGCUUAACUUGCAUGUUUCUUGGGUUCAAAAAACGAAAAUAAAAAAAAAUAAAAAAGAAAAAAGAAAAAUGAAUAAUUGUUGUUGUACAAUAGACCGUUGUAACCCGGCCCUUCUCCCGACCCUGUGCAUAGCAGGAGCUUAGUGCACCAGGCUGCCUUUUGUAAUUGU